GAUAUUUAGCUCGCAAGUGUUUUGUCACGUAAAUAUACGGUGACACAUCCAAGGAUAUUAUUACACUGUCGGAAUAGUUAAGUACUGCUGAUAGAGUACGCAGUCUUCACAAAAUGGAAACAGAAUAGAUAAAUGAUGCUGGAAGGAGUUAUCUGGUUGGAAAAAAAAGAUGCAAAUCCAAUAGUCAUAUAAGGUUUAUAAAAAUGAACAAGUUCAGCUUUAAAUUCAGGAAAUUGGUCGUUCCAUUUCUGAUAGUCUGCGCUAUAGUACUGUACAUAUUCUUCAGAAGAAGAUCAGUUCAGCCAGCUCAGCAUGGAGGGAUGUUCACAGGUAUACAAAACAAAACCCCAGCCAGAAGUUCAUAUGAAGUAUACUAUGAAAAAUUGGAAAAAGAAUUAUUUUCUCAGGAGAUUGUAAGAAGUGGACGUAGCAUCAUGAAAAAGUCAGAUAUAGUGCUGUUUGGGAUGCUGAAUGAUGCGUACAUUCCUUUUACAUACAGCUGGUUAUGCAACACCCUUCCUAUGGCCAUACAUGGUAGCGUCCUUUUACUGACUAUGGACAAAAAUUCCACCAACCUUCUCAAACGGGAUUGGCCAGAAGUUCAUACCGUCCACCUGCCUGCCAAAGACUUCAAAGGUGACCAGGAGUACAGUAAGGCAGGGUAUGUGAAAAUGAUGCACUUGCGGACACAGGUCAUCAACUUACUCCUCAGGAACAAAAUCCCAUUACUUCUCUUUGAGACAGAUUGUCUAUGGAUAAGUAAUCCUAUUCCAGAGGUCAUUCAAGCAGUCAAAGGUCAUGACAUUUUGGCUGUCAAGCCCACACACAAGCAUGGAUACCUUGGUGGGUUCAUGUGUUUGAUGCCUACAGAAGCAGCCCUGAAAGUGUGGGGCGAGUUGUCGGAGAGAAUGCUCAGUCUUCAUAACAGUCUGACAAGUCUUAAAGACAAUGAAAAAGUGGCAGAUGAAACAAACGAUCAGGUAUUUUUCUCCAGCAUUAUGGAACAGGAAAGAAAGAAUAUAAAAGUAUAUGAAUUUUCAAACAAGAAAAUUGUGGAUGGGAAAUGGUAUAUAGAUUUUACAGGGAAAGACAGAAAAGAAAUGAGACCUUUCAUUAUCAAUAAUAAUUGGGUACUAGGGAACAAAGAUAAAAUCACCAGAGCCAAGAAAUGGGGUCAUUGGUUUGUGUCUGACAGUCUACAGUGUAACAUGAUGCAGGUAAACAAAGUAAUUCAACUUUGAGCUUUUUGUAGUGAUGAAGGUUAUUUUAAAAUAUCGCUGAAAUCCGAGGGGCAUAUAUUUGUAUAAAAUACAUAAUGAAUGUUGAGUUUUUAAAUGAUGUUAAGGAUCCCUGUCACACUGCACAGUGGUUUUUCAAAUGUAUGGUGACCUCCCCUUAAUGUAGUUUCGGAUAUAUCCCCUUAAUGUAGUUUCGGAUAUAACUGUUGUUAGACAGUUGGGCGAGGCCUCCUCUGUUGACCUGGUAGCUUAGUUCGGUUAUAGUGUUAACAUAGCAAUCUGAAGUCCAGGGUUUCGAAUCCCGGUCUAGCCCCGCUGAUGUUUUACACUCAGAACACUAUUAUUAAUUUUAUUUUGUUAAUAUCAUCUUUACUUGUUUUCAUAAUAGUCCCACAAGGUAUGGUUUUUAUUCCAGAAAUGAUUUAUCAAAGCAAUAUUCUUGCCUGAAAUAAUACUUUUCCAUAUGUGGUUACAGUUUUUGGCAGUGACGCGGGGAUCCUUCAGUAAGAAGGUCUUAGGUACAACUACAACAUUAUUAUAUAUAUGUUUUUACAUUUCUAUUUAGUAUUAUACAUUUGUUCAGUAUUAUUAAUCCAAUGGACGACUGAGUGGGGAAAAUGACUAGUUGGAAUGCUAGCUAGUAUCUUGCAAAAUAUGUGGUAAUGUUAUAUGCAUCUAUAUGAAAUCUUUCUAAACACAUAUACUAUCCUCAGUGAUCAAUCUUUAAUCUGUUUUCAUUGAUCCUUUCCAACUGUUUUGAUAAAAACAAUGGGUCCCACAAUGUUAAAUUUAAGUAUUUCCAGAAAUUUUACAAGUCCCGUCCAAGUUCUAGGAGUAUAGGACUCCGAACGUGUAUGUAGAUUUAUCACUGUAUCCUGAUAUUAUAUACAUUCCAUUGGUUUGUUAGUAUCGGUAUUAUUCUGAACCAUGACAAGUAAAACAAAUGAUCAGUUUAUCAAAACAUCUUUAAUAUACUGUGAUAACUGUACAUCAGAUUCGAGUCUGAACCUUGAUAAAAAGGAAUACUUCAGACCUAUCAGAAAGAACCCUUUAUCUGUCUAGAAUAAAACAAACCAUUACCAAAAUAAUUUUAUCAAUCUUUGAUUGAAAGGAAAACAAUCAAUAUCAUUAAAAUAAGUUGACCAAACUUCAAUGGAUAGGAGACAUCGGACAGCAUUAUCAAAACAGUUUUAUCACUUUCAGCAUUAACGUAAAACCUUGAGUCUAAGCUUUGUAAGAAGUGAUAAAUAUUUGUAUAGAACUCCUCAUUCAGUUUUUAAAUGUUUUAUGAAAAUUGAGGGAUUUAAGAUACACACGGAGAACGUCAUCCAUAAGAAGUAAUAUCUUUUAUUAAUGCUUAUGCUGAUUUUACAUUGAUCAUUUAACAAGCAAUAUUUCGCCUUUAAGUGAUUGUGUUAAUAGAAAUCGCUUUAAUAUCUCCAACAUAUUGCACCUUACUAUUAGUGACAUGUGCAGUCUUAACCAUUUCACCAUUGUAGACCAUAAUGGUCUCAUUCAGAUCUAUGUAAGGUAGAGUCUACUACAGUUACGUUGGGGUGAAAGGGUUAAGCCUUAAAGUGUUGAAGAAGUGCCUGAAAGGCCAUGUGAGCUAAAGUCAUGAUGUGGGGGCCAUUCUGUUAUCCAUUUAUUAACUUUUCCUUUUAAACGCUGUUAGUCCAGAAGAGCAUGGGGGAAUUUUGACUUAGUUUGGUCUUGAGUUUUUUCAGUAAGGAUAACAUAAGGUUAUAUGAAUGUAGAGUUUGCUCCCCACCCCCGCCCCCUUCUCUUUUGGGGUAGGCGGGAGGGCUGACUAUGGGAAAUAUUGGUAAAUCUCUCAAAACUUAUCGGUACUCAUGUAGGAAUUUUAACCAAACUUGCUCUGUAACAUCCAUGAGCCAAAGGAACUCAACAUACAUGUAUUGCAUAAACAGAAGGAGUAGUUCUGCUGGUGCCAGAGAAUAGGGACCUAAAUUUAGAGCAUAAUUGUUCUUCUGAGGGGGAAAUCAACUGGUAUAUAAAGAAUGGGUGUUGUUCCCCUUUGUACUGAAAAGAAACAAUGGCAAUAUGACUGAGACUGUUGUGUCAUGAUAGCAAGGUGAGUGAUGCAGGCCAAUUUGGCCUCUUGUUUUGCUUGAUGUGAUAUUUUAAUUUAAUUCAAGAACACAUAUAUAUCUGAUGUUGAAUUUGUGAACUCUCUGGCUUGUGUAUUUUAUUGUUACUAAUGUAUACCAUAAACGAAUAUUUAUAAUGGUAAUGUCGCAAUGAUAAAUUGUACAUCGAGAUAAGUUGUGUGAAGUGUUUAUUCUUAAUCUAACGCUGACACAUUGGACUUGUUUUGAAAAAUAAUGUUACAAAUCACAAGUAGAUAUAUAUAUAUACAGGUAUAAAUAUAUUAUAAA